UCAUUAUGGACCUUGACUCUACAAACACGCCGUGUAACUUCACCUGCAGCUGCAAGGACUGAUUUCCAGGAGAUCAUCUGUCCAUUCGGUUAAUUUCCGCCUAAAGAAUUAUGGCGUUCACUAACAGUUUGGAAACAGGUUUAUUAGAGGUCAUCCUGUCGCACCCGGCCUUCACUUGCGUGUUCCUGCUGGCCACCCUCGCCGCCAUCCGCUGGUACAUCCGAGAUUCCUACAAGGUCGACGGUUUCGGCGAGAAGCACGUGCUCAUCACGGGCUGCGACAGCGGCUUUGGGAACCUUCUGGCCAGGCAGCUGGAUAGGAAAGGUUUCCGCGUCAUAGCCACGUGCCUCACGGAGAAAGGUGCGGCGGAUCUGGCAGCGGCGGCCUCCCCCAGACUGAAGACCGUCCUGCUGAAUGUUACCGACAGUGCGAGCAUCAGGGGGGCGGUGGAGUUUGCGAGCAGAGAGGUCGGGGGGCGAGGUCUUUGGGGGUUGGUGAAUAACGCUGGCAGGUCGACGCCCAUCGGACCAACAGAGUGGCUGCGGUUGGAAGAUUUCUCAAAGGUCCUGGAUGUGAAUCUGAUGGGAGUCAUCGACGUGACCCUGCAGUUUCUGCCGCUCUUGAGGAAAGGUCAGGGCAGAGUGGUGAACGUAGCCAGCAUCCUGGGCCGGCUGUCUCUGGUCGGCGGAGGAUACUGCCUGUCUAAAUACGGAGUGGAAGCAUUUUCAGACAUCCUCAGGAGGGACAUGCGGCACUUUGGCAUCAAAGUGAGCAUCAUCGAGCCCGGUUUCUUCAGGACAGAGGUGACGCGCCUGGACCUCAUUGAGGCCGACCUGAAGAGGCUGUGGACGCGCCUCCCUCAAGAAAUUAGAGACUCAUACGGAGCUACGUACCUUGAUGAGUAUGUGAAAGCUCAGGAAUUCUCCAUGAACCUCCUGUGCAGUUCGGAUCUCUCUAAGGUGACCGGGUGCAUGGAGCACGCGCUGACGGCUCGCUUCCCACGGACGCGCUACGGGGCGGGCUGGGACGCCAAGCUUCUUUGGAUCCCCCUGUCCUACCUCCCUUCGUUCGUGUCAGACUUUGUAAUGCGUGUGCUUCUCCCACUGCCUAAGGAGGGAAGAAACCACUAAACCAAAGAAAUUCUUUUGUACUACUGUUAAAUAGCUCAUAUGAGUUUUUGUUCAUAUGAGUUUUUUUUGUAUAAAAACAUGAAAAAUAUAGGCGUAAGGGAUUUUCCGUUCAGACAGGGACAUUGAACAACAAAAAGUGAGCAGUUGUUCGAUUUUCAUUUUAAAAUUCAAAAAUUAAAAUGAAAACAAAAAAGG